UUUCCAGUCCCUGCAAUGAAUGGACACACUGUCCCCCCAGGCGACCCCCCUCAACCAGCUGGCUGGACUGAGUUCUGCGAACAGCAUGCCAUCACCACGGCCAAGGAGCUGGCCUGGAAGUACCUCCUCUUCAUCAACGAGAACCCUCAGCAUGAAGUCCUGGCGGCUGAGAACUUUUCCCUCCAAUUCGCUAGUCUCUUCCAGCAGUACUUCCGCCAUGAGGUGAAGGAAACUUCCACUAUGAACCAGUUCCGCAUUCUGCCCUUUAGCAGGGUGCGGGACUAUCGGGAGACGGGCCGCAGGCACACUGACGGCUCCUCUGGGACAGGUGUGACCAAGGCCGAGGUGGAGUUGACUGACCAGCUGGACAGGAUGACCGAGGCCUGCCCCUGUGGCUUACCUAAAUCAGAGGAGCUUACGGGGACUUCGUCACCUGUGAGGAGACACUUUUCCCUUGAUCGGCUGAGGAGGAGUUUGCGUAACUUUUUUCGUAGGAAGCCCCCAGAGCCUGUCCCUGUUGAAGGAGACGCAUUGGACUCCAUUUUGAAGCCUGGCCUUGCCUGGAAGAUCCCUUGGGCCCUCUCGCGUGAUCAGGCGCUUGAAGUGCGGAAAGAGGGUAUCUUAAAAUAUUGGAUGGUGACUGAGGCAACCAUGGACUGUGGGAUGCGCUGGCAAAGAUGCCGGCUAGUUUUACGGAAAGCAGGCUCUUCAGGCAACGAAGAGGAUGUCUUGGAACUGUUUGAUCCUCCCAAGAGCUCAAAGCCAAAGCUGCAGACAACCUGCUCAGUCCUCCAGGAAAUCCGCCGAUGCACUCACCUGGAGAUGCCAGAUAACGUACACACCUUUGUGCUCAAGGUGAACACCUCCACCGAUGUCAUAUUCGAGGCUGCAGAUGAUCAGCAACUGCGUUCCUGGAUAUCUGAAAUUAAAGAAUGCUUCCGUCGAGGAUCAGAUCCUGAGCUGAACUCCGAGUCCCCCUCGGAAGCAGCGACCAUGAGCCCUGCAGACAGCAGUAGCGACUCUCUUAACCAAGGUGCAAUGCAGUCUGGCCUAGCAGAUCAACCUUGUCAGAAGACAGAUCAGUUCCUGUCUUCUUAUCCCUGGUUCCAUGGUCCCAUUUCUCGAGUCAAAGCAGCCCAACUUGUCCAGCUUCAAGGACUUGAAGGGCAUGGGGUCUUCCUCAUCCGACAGAGUGAAACUCGACGGGGAGAAUAUGUCCUCACUUUCAACUUCCAAGGAAGAGCAAAGCACCUGCGGCUCUCAGUGACGGAGCGGGGCCAGUGUCGUGUCCAGCAUAUGCAUUUCCCCUCCAUCAUGGACAUGUUGGUCCAUUUCCAGCGGCAUCCCAUCCCUCUGGAAUGCAGCGCCCCCUGCGAUGUGCGGCUGUCGAGCUACAUGGUGGUUGUCCCACACACGCAAGCAGGCUCCAGUAACCCCGUUCCACAUUCCUCCUCCGUGCUCCGCUGCGGGCCUGAAUUCAGCCUUGUGCAGAUAACCCCCUUCAGGUGUCCAGAAAUCCACCCGGCAGACAGCCUUGCCCACAGUUCCUCAGAGGAGGAGAUCUUCCACCUGGUGCCCCCUCCAGAAGAGUUGGCCAGAGGAUUAUGGAACAGAAGUAGCCUGUCGGGGCCACCCACCGCACCCGCAGCGCAUCGCCAGUGGGACAAUGAUUAUGAGAUGGACGCACAAGGCAGGGGCCAUUUGCGGGCAGUCAACAACCAGUACACACUGCUUUGACACAGUGGGACAUGCUGCCCCACCCCACCCCUCCGCUUUUGCACAGGACUCUAGGCAAAUGUUUCAGAAAGCCAUGAGAGAUGUCUGCCCCCUUACUUAAGGAGGGGAUGUGUUUGGUAAGCUACAAGGGAGGCUCACACCACUAGGGGGGUGACCCUAAUAUUGGGCCUGUUAAAGGGCCGGUUCUUUUGGUAGGCUUUUUUUUUUUAAACUCAGUUCAUUCUUCCUUAUUGGUUUUUGCACAUUGCUCUUUUGCUUUUAUCAAAUGUUGGUUUCCUUCUAAUCCCAGACCUUCACUGGUCGGUGGUAGACAUUCUCAUAGGAUCCAGAGGAGUUAGCCGUGUUAGUCUGUAGUUGCAAAAUAGUAAAAAGUCCAGUAGCACCUUUAAG